AUGACGUAUAAUCGCUUCUUCUGGUGGCAGUUUUUGAAUCAGUAUCUGAUAUAUUCACCCAAAGCUACAGUGAGAGUAACACCAGACAAAUCUGUAUUCACUGGAGAGACAGUCGAUCUGACGUGUGAGAUAGAUCAGUACAGUGACUGGAGAUAUCUGUGGUAUAAAGACACAACUGGAACUUCAGUGUUUGAGGGAAACAUCUACACCAUCAGAUCACCAUCAGAUCAGGAUGAGUUCUGGUGUAGAGGAGAGAGAGAUGGACGACCCUCAUCCUCACAGAACAGUGAUCAUGUGACUCUCUCUGUUAAAGCUUUACCUACAGUGAAAGUGACUGUAGAGCCAAACACAAGUCCUGUGUUCAUUGGAGAGACAGUCACUCUGAAGUGUGAGAUAGAGGAUCAGGACAGAUCAUUAAAAUGGAGAUAUCAGUGGAGUAAAGCCACACCGUUUCACAGUUACACUGAAAACAGAGACUCCCUCACUAUCAGUAGAGUUACUGAAUAUGAUCAGGACCGGUUCAGCUGUAGUGCAGUGAUACACGGACGACCACAGACGUCAAUAUCAAGCUCUGUUGAUCUUACUGUGAAAGCUUUACCCAGAGUUACAGUGAAAGUACCAUACAGCCCUGUGUUCACUGGAGAGACAGUCACUCUGAAGUGUGAGAUAGAGGAUCAGUACAGAUCAUUAAACUGGAGAUAUGAGUGGAGUAAAGGCACACGGCGUGACACUGAAAACAGAGACUCUCUCACUAUAAGUAGAGUUACUCAAUCUGAUCAAGGCCAGUUCAGCUGUAGAGCAGACAUAGAUGGACGACCAAAGACUUCACAAUCAAGCUCUGUUUAUCUUACUGUGAAAGCUUUACCCAGAGUUACAGUGAAAGUAACACCAGACAGAUCUGUGUUCAUUGGAGAGAAAGUCACUCUGAAGUGUGAGAUAGAGGAUCAGGACAGAUCAUUAAACUGGAGAUAUGAGUGGAGUAAAGGCACACGGCGUGACACUGAAAACAGAGACUCUCUCACUAUAAGUAGAGUUACUCAAUCUGAUCAAGGCCAGUUCAGCUGUAGAGCAGACAUAGAUGGACGACCAAAGACUUCACAAUCAAGCUCUGUUUAUCUUACUGUGAAAGCUUUACCCAGAGUUACAGUGAAAGUAACACCAGACAGAUCUGUGUUCAUUGGAGAGAAAGUCACUCUGACGUGUGAGAUAGAGGAUCAGGACAGAUCAAUAAACUGGAGAUAUGAGUGGAGUAAAGGCACACGGCGUGACACUGAAAACAGAGACUCUCUCACUAUAAGUAGAGUUACUCAAUCUGAUCAAGGCCAGUUCAGCUGUAGAGCAGACAUAGAUGGACGACCAAAGACUUCACAAUCAAGCUCUGUUUAUCUUACUGUGAAAGUUUUACCCACAGCUACAGUGAAAGUAACACCAGACAGAUCUGUGUUCAUUGGAGAGAAAGUCACUCUGAAGUGUGAGAUAGAGAAUCAGUACAGAUCAUUAAACUGGAGAUAUGAGUGGAGUAAAGGCACACGGCGUGACACUGAAAACAGAGACUCUCUCACUAUAAGUAGAGUUACUCAAUCUGAUCAAGGCCAGUUCAGCUGUAGAGCAGACAUAGAUGGACGACCACAGACUUCACAAUCAAGCUCUGUUUAUCUUACUGUGAAAGCUUUACCCAGAGCUACAGUGAAAGUACCAUACAGCCCUGUGUUCACUGGAGAGACAGUCACUCUGAAGUGUGAGAUAGAGGAUCAGUACAGUGACUGGAGGAGAUAUAUGUGGUAUAAAGGCACAACUGGGACUUCAGUGUUUGAGGGAAACAUCUACACCAUCUCACCAUCAGAUCAGGAUAAGUUCAGGUGUAGAGGAGAGAAAGAUGGACGACCCUCAUCCUCACAGGACAGUGAUUAUGUGACUCUCUCUGUUAAAGCUUUACCCAGAGCUACAGUGAGAGUAACACCAGACAGAACUGUGCUCAUUGGAGAGACAGUCACUCUGAAGUGUGAGAUAGAUCAGUUCAGAUCAUUAAACUGGAGAUAUCAGUGGUAUAAAGACACAACUGCAGUGUUAAACUUUGAGAAUUACACUGUAUACGGAGACUCUCUCACUAUCACUGGAGUUACUGAAUCUGAUAAGGAUGAGUUCAGCUGUAGAGCAGAGAUACACGGACGACCAAAGACUUCACUAUCAAGCUCUGAGUUUCAUCUCACUGUAAAUGAAAGACCAACACCUGAAUUGUCUGUUUGGCCUCCUGGACAUUUAUACAGAGGAGAAACUGUCAAUCUCAUAUGUGUCAUCAAUAGAGGAGGAGACAUUAGCUGGCAGUACAGCUGGUAUAAAGAUGAUUCAGACAUUCAGCAUUAUGAAGAGAAUUACACAAUCAGAUCUUUUAAUGAGUCUCACGCAGGUAAAUACACCUGUAGAGGAAAUGAGACCAGUGGAUCAAGAUACUCACACAUCAGUAAUGCAGUUACACUGACAGUAUCAGGAUCUUCUGGUCUGAUUGUUGGAGUGGUUGUCGGACUGAGCAUCUUGUUUUUGAUCAUUUUCUUGGUUUUUCUGUGGUGGUACAAAAACAAAAAAGGUAAAGUCUUUAAGUCUCCGUCAGCUGUCAGUCCACAGCAGAACAUCAGUCAGACAUCAGAUCAGAAUCAGACUGAAGAUGGAUACACUCCACUGCAGUCUGGAGAUGCUAAUAUUUAUGACUCUGUUGAUGCAACGGACAAUAAAGACGCAAGCUCAGCAGUGACUCAGGCCGGCCCCAGUGAUGCCAUGUAUUCACAGGUUAACUUCAAGAAAAAUAAACUCAAGAGCAAAGACAAUGAAAGUGAAUCCGCUGAUCUCACCUAUGCUGAUAUUGAACUGAAACCUAAGAAAAAAAUGAAGAAAAAGAAAGAGAAGAAAGGGAGUACCAGUGAAGGUGAUGACACUGUUUACUCUAAAGUGAAGAUAGGAGAUAAAGGUGUUGCUUCUGGAUCUGUUGAUGUGACUUAUGCUCAGAUUAAAUAAAAGCCCAAAGGAGAAAAAGAUGGCAAUCCAUUAACUAAUGCUUAAUAUUAUCAAUCCAAACCUUCAUGUGCUUCAGAGUAAAUGCUUGCAAAUCUUUGAUUCUCUAAUAGCUAUUUUUUUUAAUUAACGUUUCAUUUGUUAAUGACGACUUGAUGUUUAAUUGUUCAAUAGGUGAUAUCAUAGCUAGUUAGUAACUGUACUGAAAUGUUAUAUAAUAAUUUUGGCUUUGCCAGUUACAGUAUCAAUCACCGGAACCUGAAAAGUGAAAAAAAAGUUUGAUCUGAAUAGUUUAAAGAUAAACAUCAGUUUCUCCCUUAUAUUUAGUUACUGUUGAAGAAAUAAUGUAAUAGUUUAGUUUCGACAGAGAGAGAGAGAGAGAGAGAGAGAGAGAGAGCGAUUGAGUGCAUCUAAGAGUUGGGUAUUGGAUGUAGGAUAUAGUAAAUAUCAUGGUCAGUGUGGUAUUAGCAAACCAUUACAUAUUUAUUGCUAUAAUAAGAGUUGUAAAGGUUUUGAAUGAUGUGUUUGUAGAAUUCAUAUGAGAUAUAAAAUAUCUGUUUAAUUUAUUCGCAUUUAACAAUAGGUUACCCUACUGGACCCUACUGGUACUGACAUGACUGUAGACUAAUUCUUAUGGAAUAACAUUUAAUUUCAACAGCCCAAAGUCUAGUCAUGCUCUGUACUGUUCAGUAAGAUAUAUUACUAAUAGUUAUUUUAUUUUAUUAUGAGUGGUGUAAAUAAAUCUUUUUUUUACUGAUGCAAAAUAUGUUAGAAAAGAUGCAUAGUGGUGCAAAUGCUAAGUUUUAUCCAAUGCACAAUUUUUAAACUGAUGCAUCGCAUCUUUAACCUUUUAUACCGAUGAACAGAGCGAAUCAGGGAAUCUUCCCAUUCCUAGUGUUUGUAUUAAAACUCAAGCAAACGUUUGUCUUUUUAAACGCUUUGUCACGUUUCAUAAAGUUUAUUGAUUUGCCUUCCUUGAUUUUUACUUAGACAGCUUCAGAAAAGGUCACUUGAUUUCCAGUAAGGGAACAUAGGGACCAUCAAUGCCCACUGGUUUUUGCAUUGUAUUGUGGUAUUUUUUUGGGGAGAAACUUUCCAGUGCACUAGAAGGAUUUUGCUAUUGAGACUUGACCACCUGCUGGUCUCACGAACACCUCUGCCAGCAGCAAAUUCCCAGGAACCUUUUAAAGUCCUAAUAUGUACCAUUUUUGUACAGAUAUGUACCUUUGAGGUACCAGUAUGCAUCUUUUAAGUAUAAAAGUGUACUUUUUGAAAAGGUGGGCUACCACCCCAGUGACAACGUUUAUAACUUUUUUCUAAGAUUGUACUAUGAUUGUUAUGCAUGUUUUUUUUCUUGUUUAAGAAUUAACUAAAUGUUUUUAAAAAAUACCAUUAUAAGUUAAAAUGUGUAAUGUUAGAGGUUAUGGUUGUAUUUUGCAAAUGUGUGCAUUUUAUAUUGUAUUAAUCUAUGUGCAUCUUUUUAUUCAAGUAAUAGAUUUUGAGAUUUUUAAUUCACAAUGUCUGUUUUUGUCAGAUUUUUUUCUGUAUUUAAAGUCUAUAUUCAUAUUACAGUUCUCUUCAAUAAAUAAACUUAACACCAGCUAUAUCUGUAGUUUCUGUUAACUUACAGUAUGAGCUUCUUGUUAGUGUACACAGUUUCAUUAUGUGUAUUAAAAGAAGCUACUACUAACACACGCUAAACCCGAAUGCUCAAAAUAAUUAAAUAAAUCAAGAUUAAUAAUAGAUCAAUUCAAUCUAACAGUCUAAUUCACUUAAUUCAGGAUUUUUCAUUUUAUCAUGUUCACUCAGCUUUUAUUUAUCCAUUUAAUUUGUGACAUGAAUGAUUUUUGUUAUUUUAAAGUAGCAUUGAAGAAACUGGCCAGAGGAUUUUUUGGUUCCCAACAUGCUUUGCACUCAGCUGCAUUAGUACAUUUUAAAAUUCAAUGUUUUUAUGUUUUUCUGCAGAGAUGAAGACUUGUUAGAGUUUCAUGUUAAGUUUAUUUAAACAAUUUUGUUAUAUUUUUGAGUCUUGUGGUUGUCAUUGUGCAUUGUCCCCAAGCUGUGUUACAAGAUGGCUGUAAUAGGUGUUGCCUCACUCAAUGAGCAAUAAAUGUGCAUGUGCCUGUACUGAGAGCUGUCUCUUCCAGUUCUUAUUCUUUUUUGAGUUUUACAAGUCACAAAUGUUUGACUUGUGUAUAUCAAAGAAGAAAUAAUACAGAGACUAGUACAGUGACUAUAGUUACCACCAGUUUGAGCUUUGUUACAU